GCUAGCUUUUAUGAUUGGGUAAGGGUGGGGUCCAUGCCAAAGAUAUAAAGCCAACCAAGCUAGAGGUACUGAACCAGAAGCAUUGGACGUGGAAAAAUGGCAGCUGGAAUUGUCAUGAAUAACUUUAGCCUUAAGCAAGGCCACUGCUUGGAACUGAAAGGCCUCAUUCCCAAAGAUGCUAAAAGCUUUGCAAUAAACCUGGGAAAAGAUAGUUCAAACUAUGUCCUUCACUUUAAUCCUCGAUUUGACCACCAAGGCGACAACAAGAAAAUCAUCUGCAACUCAAAGGAAGAAAACUGCUGGGGGAAAGAGCAGAGGGAGACUGCUUUCCCAUUCCAACAAGGAGCAGAGACAUCGAUUUGUUUUGAGUAUCAAGCAGAUCAUUUAAAGGUGAAGUUAUCCGAUGGCCAAGAAUUCACCUUCCCCAUCCGAAUGCCCUUGGAUACCAUUACAUUCCUCUGUAUGGAUGGAAUAGAGCUCAAGUCUUUUUCGCUUCAUUAACAGCUCUGCGGCCUCCACAGUCAAUAGAAGCCACUAGGCCACAUAUAUAACAUGUCAUACAGGAAAUGUUCUUCGACCCAUAAUGCACUGUCACUGACAAGCUGUGGGGAGGACUAUAUAGUUCCUAGUUAGAAAAUUUUCUUUCACAAAAGCUACUAAAGCUUUAUGUUAUCUUAUGCAAUAUAUCCUUAGCAGAUCUCUCUGUACUUACUAUAAACAUGAAGUAAUAAAUCUUUGUUUCAUUUAUUGUC